AUGCAGCCCGCGGCGCUGGCGGCAGAGGACCUGCCCCAGGGGGCGUGCUCCGACGAGUUCGACGCCGACGCUUUCCUGAGGCCGUCCCGGGACGCGCGGACCGUCACAGCGGCGACGACGACUACGGUGGAGGUGCGCAGCUCGGCCGGCAGGCUGCGCGCGCACCCCCCGGGCCGCGACUACGGCUGGGUGCGCGCGCUGCCCCUGGCGGACGACUGCCACAGCUGCAACGUGCUGCUGCACCCGGGGCCCCGCGGCCUGGUGCUGCUCGUGGUGCGGCCCGUGCGCCAGGGCGAGCCCUUGCUGCUGUGGCUGUCCGAGCCCUUGCUGGCCGUCUGCGCGGUGCCCUUCCUCUCGCCCUGCAACAUACAAGGAGAGAACCGCUACGUGUGCCACCGCUGCGGCCGCCUGUACGGGGUGCCGAACCCGCUCAAGAUCCACCUGGCGCUGUCCUGCGACCGCCUGGACAUGGGCAGCCUGUGGGCGCGGCUCAAGGACCUCCCCCUUGCUCCCCCCGCCCCGGAGCUCCGCCGACACCCGGGGCUGCUGCCCUCGGCCGGCGGGGGGUCGGCCUUCCGGCCCUACGGCAAGGGCUCGCCCGACGCGCGGGUCCCGCCCUCCCCGCUCGCCCUCGUGGCCGGGACCCGGGGGUCGCUGGCGGCCACCGUGGAGGCGUACCACCAGCAGGCCGCCGUCAUGGAGACUCUGGUCAGCAACCUGGGCCGCUCGCGCCAGGGCCACCUCUGCAUCUACUGCGGCAAGGUGUACUCCAGGAAGUACGGCCUCAAGAUACACAUACGGACGCACACGGGCUACAAGCCGCUCAGCUGCAAGGUGUGCCUGCGCCCUUUCGGCGACCCCAGCAACCUCAACAAGCAUGUGAGACUGCACACCGGCGGCGAGACGCCCUACAAGUGCGAGCAGUGCGGCAAGGUGCUGGUGCGGCGACGGGACCUGGACAGGCACCUCAGGUCCAGGCACUCGCCGACAGACCCCGCGGCGACGACGGGGCAGCAGCCGGCGUAG